AUGAGCACGCCACCAGCUCCGGCUGUUAUUCAACGGGCCGUCGUUAAACAGGUCUUAUCUGGGGAUACUGUUGUAUUACGAGGUCAGUCAAAAGGAGGGCCACCUCCAGAAAGAACAGUAUGUCUUUCAAACAUUACUGCCCCUAAGUUAGCCCGAAGGGCAAAUCCAAAUGUUGAGAGCUCUGUGGAGACAAAAGAUGAGCCAUGGGCAUGGGAGGCCAGAGAGUUCUUAAGGAAAAAAUUGGUUGGGAAAGAGGUGGUUUUCACAGUGGAAUACAAGGUGCCAGGCACAGGGAGAGAGUAUGGAGUCAUUUACCUGGGGAAAGAUACAACGGGUGAAAACAUCACAGAGUCUUUAAUAUCUGAAGGUCUUGUUGAUGUUAGAAAAACUGGGCUCAAGGCUGAUGAUCCAGCCCAACAGAGACUGGCUCAGCUUGAAGAUGCUGCUAGAGCAGCUGGUAAAGGCAAACAUGCAGAAGAGGAAGCCAGUAAACACGUGCGCAACAUAAAAUGGACCAUUGAAAAUCCACGGCACUUUGUUGAUUCUCACCAUAAUAAACCACUGGAUGCUGUGAUUGAACAUGUGAGAGACGGCUGCACAGUGAGAGCAUUUAUACUGCCAACUUUUGAAUAUGUGACUGUCAUGCUUGCUGGAAUCAAGUGUCCAAUGAACAAACAAGAUACAGAUGGAAAGCAAGUACCAGAGCCAUUUAUGGAGGAGGCCAAGUUUUUUACAGAGUCACGACUCCUGCAGAAAGAUGCUGGCAACAUUACUGAGUUUUUACUGAAAGAAGGGUUUGCACGUUGUGUGGACUGGUCUAUGGGUGUGGUAACACAAGGUGCAGACAAGCUUAGAGCUGCAGAAAAAGUCGCUAAAGAUAAGAGACUGCGGAUAUGGAAAGAUUACAAGCCAUCUGAAGCCAGUUUGAACAUCAAGGAUAAAUCAUUCUCUGGCAAGGUUGUUGAGGUUGUCAAUGGUGAUGCCUUGGUGGUUAAACUGGAGGAUUCAUUCAAAAAAGUCUUCCUGGCCAGCAUCAGACCCCCAAGAUUACCAGAUGCUCCAGAGGGGUCUGUAAAGGAAGCUGCUAACAAGAGAACCCGACCACUGUAUGACAUUCCCUACAUGUUUGAGGCUCGGGAGUUCCUCCGGAAAAAGCUCAUUGGAAAGAAGGUCAGUGUAGAAGUUGAUUACAUCCAGCCUGCAAACCAGGGAUUUCCUGAGAAGACUUGCUGCACUAUUACCAUUGGUGGAAUAAAUGUGGCAGAAGCACUAGUCAGCAAAGGCCUGGCCACAGUAAUCAGGUACCGACAAGAUGAUGACCAGAGGUCUUCCCACUAUGAUGAGCUGCUGGCUGCUGAAUCUCGGGCUCAGAAGAAAGGCGUUGGGCUUCACAGUAAAAAGGAGGCACCAAUUCACAGGGUUGCAGAUGUUUCUGGAGAUGUUGCAAAAGCAAAACAGUUUCUGCCAUUCCUUCAGAGAGCUGGUAAAUCAGAAGCUAUCGUUGAAUUCAUUGCUAGUGGAUCUCGGCUAAGAUUGUAUCUACCAAAAGAAACCUGCCUCAUAACGCUUCUUAUUUCUGGCAUUGACUGUGCUAAAGCCGCUAGAACAUUGCCAAAUGGUCAGACUGUUCCUGCAGACCCGUACGGGGAAGAGGCUGUGUUGUUUACAAAGGAGAUGUGUCUACAGAGAGAGGUUGAAGUUGAAGUUGAAGGCAUUGACAAAGGAGGCAACUUCAUUGGCUGGCUGUUUGUAGAUGGGGUAAAUCUGUCUGUUGCUUUGGUAGAAGCUGGUUUGGCUAAAGUUCACUUUACAGCAGAGAAGAGUUCCUUCUACAAAACGUUGUUAGAGAAGGAAGCAAAAGCCAAGGAAGAGAAACUGAAAAUUUGGGCUAACUUCGUUGAGGAGAAAGAGGUGAAGGUCGAGGAGGAGCCAGUUGAACGAAAGAUCAACUACAACAAAGUGAUUGUCACAGAAGUCACAGACAGUCUGACAUUCUUUGCACAAAAUGUGGACAAUGGGUCAGUACUGGAAAAACUAAUGGAUGAUCUGCGGCAAGAGAUGGAAUCAAACCCUCCCCUGCCAGGAGCAUUUACGGCACGGAAGGGCGAGACAUGUGCGGCCAGGUUCUCUCAAGAUAACCAGUGGUACAGAGCUAAAGUGGAAAAGGUGGAAGGCGGCACUGCUUCAGUUUUGUUCAUUGAUUAUGGAAAUAGAGAAAAGACAUCUGUGUCGGGCCUGGCAGCUUUACCAGGCAGCUUCAGAACACUUCCUCCACAAGCCACAGAAUAUGCUCUAGCCUGUGUCGCAGUACCAAAUGAUGAGGAGGCCAAACAAGACGCUGUGGAUGCUCUCUACAACGACAUCCUCAACAAGACCAUGCUGCUGAACGUUGAAUACCGCGGUGGUAGCGGCUCGCCAGACUUUGUCUCCCUGAAGCAUGCAGAGACAGAGGAGGAUGUUGUCACAGGGCUUGUCACAGAAGGGUAUCUCACUGUAGAGCCUCGCAAGGAGAAACGCCUGGCCAAGCUGGUGUCUGACUACCAGAAGGCUCAGGAGGAAGCCAAGCGUUUGAGGAAAAACCUCUGGCGAUAUGGAGACUUCCGAGAAGAUGAUGCUCGUGAGUUUGGCUACACGCGCUAA